CAGAUACCUGCAGAAUAUUGGACACACAGAUCCAGGAUCCGUAAGACUUUACCACCUUGAAUCAAGGAUUUAGUUGAUAUCCUCCUCUGUCUUUUCUUCAUAUCAACUAAAUUAUUUUUUAAAAUAAUUAACAAAUUUGCCAUAAGAGAAUUUAAGAAAAAUAAUACAACCCACACUCUCUAAUGCCUAAGAAUAGCAAGAUGAUACAAAAAGAAUUAGAAGAUGAAGUUAUUGAAUCUGCCAAAGACCUUCUUUCCAAUGAAGAUGCAGCUGAUGAUGCUUUUAAGAAAAGUGAACUAAUUGUUGAUGUCCAAAAAGAGAACCAUACAGAUGCUAAAGUAUCUAACAUCAAAGAUGAAAGACGAGGUUGGAACAAUAGGCUACAAUACAUCCUUGCCCAAGUUGGAUUUUCUGUAGGUCUAGGAAAUGUGUGGCGAUUCCCAUACCUAUGUCAGAAGAAUGGGGGUGGUGCAUAUCUUUUGUCAUUUUUUAUAUUGCUUAUGAUAGUAGGUAUUCCACUUUUUUUUCUGGAACUUGCUCUGGGGCAAAGAAUUCGACGAGGAAGCAUUGGUGUGUGGAAUUACAUAAGCCCUAAAUUGGGUGGUAUUGGAUUUACAAGUUGUGUGGUGAGCUUGUUUGUGGGUCUCUACUACAAUGUCCUCAUUGGCUGGAGCGUCUUUUAUUUUUCUCAGUCUUUUCAGUUUCCUCUACCUUGGGAUAACUGUCCUAUGGUGAAAAAUGCUACACAUUCUUUGGUAGAGCCAGAAUGUGAAAAAAGUUCUGACACCACCUAUUACUGGUACAGAAAAGCACUGGAUAUUUCCAGUUCCAUUUCUGAAAGUGGGGGCUUAAACUGGAAGAUGGCCGUCAGCUUGCUGGUUGCCUGGGCCAUGGUUUGCUUCGCUAUGAUCAAAGGCAUUCAGUCUUCUGAAAAAAUUGUGUAUUUUAGUUCUCUGUCUCCAUAUGUGAUACUUAUAUGUUUCCUAGUCAGAUCACUCUUUCUAGAAGGUUCAAUUUAUGGCAUCCGCCACAUGUUUACCCCUCAGCUUGAAAAAAUGCUGGAACCCCAAGCCUGGAGAGAAGCGGCUACUCAGGUGUUCUUUGCCCUCGAUCUGGGAUUUGGUGGUGUCAUCGCCUUUUCAAGUUACAACAAGAGAGACAACAACUGCCAGUUUGAUGCUGUGCUGGUGCCCUUAGUCAAUUUUUUUACUUCUAUCUUGGCCACGUUGGUGGUGUUUGCAGUUCUGGGCUUCAAAGCAAACGUCAUAAAUAAGAAAUGCAUUGAAGAAAAUGCUAUAAUGAUUGAAAAAUUUUUGAAAAUGGGCAACAUUCCUCAGGCCAUUAUUCCCCCUCACACCAAGUUUUCAACUAUUACCACAGAAGCUUAUCACGAAGUUUAUGACAUCAUUAAAAGAGUGAAAGGGGAGGAGUUUCCUGCUCUUCAUCUUCGUUCCUGUAAAGUUGAAGAUGAGCUAAAUAAAGAGGUUCAGGGAAUUGGUUUAGCUUUCAUUGCCUUUACAGAAGCGAUGACACAUUUCCCUCUGGCUCCCUUAUGGUCCGUGUUGUUCUUCCUCAUGCUGAUAAAUCUAGGCCUCAGUAGCAUGUUUGGGUUCAUCGAAGGGAUCAUCACGCCUGUGGUGGACAGUUUCAAAGUGAGCAAAGAACUGGUUACUGUUAUCUGUUGUCUUCUGGCAUUUUGUAUUGGUCUGAUAUUUGUGCAACGCUCUGGAAAUUACUUUGUUACAAUGUUUGAUGAUUACUCUGCUACACUGCCGCUUCUAAUUGUAGUCAUUUUUGAGAAUAUUGCUGUAUCCUUUGUCUAUGGCACAGAUAAAUUUAUGGAAGACCUAAGAGAUAUGAUGGGCUUUGCUCCCUACAGAUAUUACUACUAUUUGUGGAAAUAUAUUACUCCUCUAGUGCUAUUAUCCCUGCUAAUAAUUUCUACUGUGAAUAUGAUAUUAAGUCCUCCUGGCUAUGAUGCAUGGAAUAAAGACAAGGCAUCUAAGGAAUUUCUGAGAUAUCCAACGUGGGCAAUGGUUAUCUGUGUAUCUCUGGUAGUCCUAGCACUACUCCCCAUCCCGGCUAUCUUCAUCAUCCGUUGCUUCAACCUUAUGGAAAAUAGUUCCGGCAAUUUAGCCUCCGUGGCCUAUAAGAGAGGAAGGGUACUAAAGGAGCCUGUAAGCUUAGAGGGAGAUGAUGCAAGCCUCAUUCAUGAAAAUUCAAGCGAAAUGUCAUCUCCAAAUUUGGGUAAAAAUAUUUAUCGGAAACAGAGUGGAUCACCGACGUUGGACACUGCUCCCAAUGGGCGAUAUGGAAUAGGGUAUUUGAUGGCAGAUGUGGCAGAUAUGCCAGAUCUGCCCGAAUCUGACUUGUAGCUGGGGGCCGGGGUGUUGGAUCAGUGGGGUUUAUUUUGGUUAAUUGCUAUCACUGAACAUUGUCUUCAUGAAGAGAGAACUUUAGGCUUCACUUAUCAGAGGGCGAUCUCAGGCGUCCCAGGGCUGUGAUCUUUAACACUAACAGUGUAUGUAAAUUCAGCUGGUGUGUUCCUUUGGAUUCUCCAGUUUACAUUCGCACAGGAAGAGUGGCAGACAAAGGUUACAGGGACUGAGGUUCAUGUUUGUCAGAAUUUUUAAAAACACUUUUGGUGAUUUUUUCAAGUAUUUCUUUCUCUACAAAAACAGGUGUUACCUCAGUUACUAAUAAUUUCUGGAUGUAAUGGCAUUUGCAAUUCAAAAAAAUGGUAGACGCACUUUAAAAUGCAUAAGUUUGCCUUUAGGGUAACUCCCAGCAUUACAAUGAACAGUUCUGUAAGUUGGUGCCUCUCAGCACAUUUCUGUGACUGUUUUGUGUAGAUAGGCUGUACUUAUUUUGGUUGCAUUGAUACCUUGUCAGGCAAUUAGUUGAAGAAAACUGCAAAAUAUUUUCUUAUGUGAUUGCUGUAUAGUGCAAUAGUAUCAAAGAAUAAGAAGGCACUCAUGUUGGGAUGAAAGGUUAUAUUCAGGAUCAUGUGUAUGAUGGUUGUAUAUUUUGUGUGAAAUAUGUGUGAAAAUGACAUAAGUGUGAGUCACUUAGCACUCUCAAGAAUUAUGCAGAUUCUGCAUUUUUCUAUGCCGUGUGCCUAAAAAACCUACUUGAUGUUUAUUGUGGAUUCAAUAUUACUCAUAGUAUAUUUAUACAAUAUACUUGCAAUGUAUAUAGAUGUAUAUUAGUAUUCUAAGUAUUGAUUUGAAAACUUGAAGCAAGAUGGCAUUUUAUUUCAUAUCUUUCUGUUUGCUUCUGUUUUAAGCAAAAAUGAAUCCUUUUUUAAGUGAUUGUUAAAAUUGUAUGGCAUUACAUUUUAAGCUACAAAUAAAAUUUAAAAAUGAU